AAAAGAAACUAAUUCCCAACAAUGGUUCAGCUUCUGGGCUUCUUGCUCUGUUCAUCAACUGUUUCGGCAGUAUCAGUAUCAUCCCCUUGAUCGUCGUACUUACAGACGCAGGUACAGAUACAAGCAUGCCGCCAGCUGUCUAACACCAUUGACCAAGUAAUUGCUGUACUCCAUCAGCCCUCUGAGACCCUACCUUUUCCUCUCAGCUCGAUCGACUCGCUCAGCCCGUCUUGAAGAUGUUGACCCAACAGCACAGCAGUAGCAGUCAAAACAUGCUUUCCAUCAAACGUCCAUCCCAGAGUCCCACCGACAGCUUAUCCUCGCGAUAUCGCGUUGGAAAAGCGACAGCAACCCAGCGGGUGAGGAAGCCCGUCCGCGACUCUCCUACUACUCCAUCGCGACGGCUCGAAAGAGAAAGACGCCAAAGAACCGGCAGUUCCCCUACCCAGAACUCUUCAAGCACGUCGAUAGUGACCAUCUCGGUCGGGCCAGAAGCGCGCCUCUUCGCCGCCCACGAAGAUACCCUCUGCAUAUCCCCCUUCUUCGCAGCCGCCUGCUGCCGAGCGCAAUCGCAAUCGCCAUCACCAGAAUCGCCCCACAAGCGCAUCAGCAUCUCCCUACCCGACGAACAGCCCGAGAUCCUAUCCUGCAUCCUCGAAUACCUCUACAAAGGCGACUAUACGCCCCGAGUCGUCUACAACCGGCACCGCGAUACAUGGGAGCUCGAGAACACGGGCCUCGACACAGACGGCCAAACCACCAGCGCGACCAUUUUCCACCACGCAACUGGCUCGGUGAUUCUGAGGGAUACAGCCGUUUACUGCGCCGCGCAAAAGUACGGCCUUGAACCCCUGAAGCGCCUUGCCUUACGGAAACAGGGCCUCCACUCUGGUAUCCAGUGCAGUACCAUUCUGAGCAGCGCUCGCUACGCCUACGCCAACACCUCAGAUAACGAGUCGAAACUGCGCGCUCACUAUCUGGCCCUGAUUAUCCGGAGCCGGUCGACGUUCAAGCGGAGCGGGACUAUGCAGAUGGAAAUGGAGAAGGGUGGGAAGUUAUUCUUUGACUUGUUUGUGGCGAUGUGUAAUCAUAUGGAUGACCUCACCACUGCUAAGUCUUCUCUUGCUUAGUUCCAUAUCCUGAUGUCUGUCGACUUAUUAUUCCCUUUCAAAUCCAGACUGCUUGUCGCGCCUUUCUACUAUACCCCUUCCCCAUUUUCUAUUCGUUUUUCGCGCCUUGAACGCCCCAGUGUACAGU